CGCUUCGUGACAGAUGGAACAGAGAAGGACAAGUCAAAGGAACGAUCAACCUUCACACAUGCACAAAAAAUGCAAGCUGCAGCAACAUUUGGUUUUGGGCGCAUCCAUGGUUUGGGCAUGCUCGCAUGGCGUCGAAGUGAAUAUACUGGAAAGAUGCUUGGAAACCCAUCAGUCUCAGAGACUUUGACUAGCUAUAUGCUAAGUUUGCGUCGACGCAAAACACUCAUCGGAGAAACUGCUACCAGUGCUCGAGCUGUAACCUCGGUGGGUGUUUACUCAGAUAUGUUUUCAUUGCUUUCCGAUUUGUUUGAGUUCAAUAACCAGCCCAAGUUUGCUGAGCCUCGCCCCUAUGAACCUACUGCUAGGAAUGCCCCUAAAGAUCCAACAGACUGGGGAGGAUGUUGCGCUCGUGCACUUCUUCAUUUGGGCUACACCCUGGCAUUCUGUAAUCUCCUCCGAAUUGAUGAAUUGCUGAAGAUUCAAGUCCACGAUAUUGUAAUUGAGAAGGACCCAAAGACAGGGGUGGUAACGUUAACACUCACCCUUCCAUUUCGAAAAACUAGUCAAUUUGGAGGUACGUGA